AUGGGUAAAUCACACGGUUACAGAUCUCGUACUCGUUACAUGUUCCAACGUGACUUUAGAAAGCACGGUGCCAUUGCUUUGUCUACCUACUUGAAGGUCUACAAGGUUGGUGACAUUGUUGACAUCAAGGCCAAUGGUUCUAUCCAAAAGGGUAUGCCACACAAGUUCUACCAAGGUAAGACUGGUGUUGUUUACAACGUUACCAAGUCCUCCGUUGGUGUUAUCAUCAACAAGAUGGUCGGUAACAGAUACUUGGAAAAGAGAUUGAACUUGAGAAUUGAACAUAUCAAGCACUCCAAGUGUAGACAAGAAUUUUUGGACAGAGUUAAGAGUAACGCUGCCAAGAGAGUUGAAGCUAAGGCUAAAGGUGAAGCUGUUCAAUUAAAGAGACAACCAGCUCAACCAAGAGAAGCUCGUGUCGUCUCCACUGAAGGUAAUGUUCCUCAAACUUUGGCUCCAGUUCCAUACGAAACCUUCAUUUAA